AUGGCUAGAGGUAACAAUCAUCGCGGACGAGGCAACUUUCGUGGUUCACCGCGCGGGAUCCCGUCUUCUGGACGGGUACGUUUUUUCAUUUCCUCUACCAACGACUAUCCGAACUUCCAGCCGAUGGUGCCGUCUUGGUAUUGUAAUACUAACAGGGUUGCAGAUGCUCCACCGACUAGGGGUGUAAACAGCCCAAGAGCAAGGGGUCGAGGAAGACCCAAUUACUCAAGUCCCAUUUCAGGCAUAGCGAGCCCUAGAGAGGGUGCUGAGACACCCCGGGGAAGAGGCAGAGGUCGUGGCAGAGGUAGAGGUGAUACAGGAGCCUUCUCUCCGUUCGAGAGUGACCGUGGCCGUGGCCGGGGUGGACGAGACGGCAGAGGCGGGAAGAACUUCGACGUAAGACUGCGUACUGGAGCACCCUUAUCGAAGCUUCUCUACGAGGACAGGCCUCUGUUGAAACCUAUCACGUUCGUGCGAUCUGUAUUCACCGCUGUACUAUUUAAGGAGGAGGAAGACAUCCUACAGCCAAUUGUUGAACCAGUUGCUGACGAUGAGAAGAGCCACGUUCCUACCGCAGACCAAAUCUCGCGCGUCUUCAGCGAAGCGCAAGACGAGGCCUCUGCCGGCGACGAAUCUGGUGAAGAAGAGCAAAUAGAAGAAAUAGACUUCGCGGACGUCGGCAAAAUUCAAGCUGAAGUUGAUGCUACUGCAGCACUGCUUGCAGCCGGGCAGCAGCCGAGGGCCCCGGCUGAAGCUUCCGAAGUCGCGGUUGUAGAAGAGAAGUUCACAGGGUUCUGGGUCGACACCACACCCACCCCCGUAGCCAGGCAAACCACCAGCGAAACAGUCUUGGUUGAUCGCGUCAAUGGUGUCUUAGGAGAGUGUCCUCCUGAUGACGAAGAAAUCAUUGUAUAUGUCGCGCCUCAUCCCCGAACUGGACGCAUAACACCCGCUCCACAACAAUCCUUGACCCACCCUAUCGAAGAAAUGCAGACAACAUCGGUCAUUACGGGCGUCGAAAUUUCUGAGACUCGUCGUGAAGACAUCGAGAUUUCCGAGACUCGUGAAGACGUCGAGCUCGCGGAGCCCCCCGCGUCAACUGCAGAAAGUCCGCCCGGCGAGUCCUCGGUGGCCCCACCCCCGCCGGACUUCGAGGCUGUCUCGUUCUUGUUUGAGCAGACGCCUCGGAAACGACAGACUCGCAAGGUGUUUCCCGUCGGGGGGCCACGCUCCCUGCUGCAGCGGUCGAAGAAGGCGCGGCGCAGAUCAUUGCGGGGCUUUGGUGCAUUUGGCGCUAUGCGGGAGGAGGCGCGUUUACGGGAGCGGGACCCGCGGGAGAGCGAGCAGCGGAGGGGGGACUCGGACGUCAACUGGGGCGACUCAAGCGACGAGGGGAUUGAGGAGCUUUCGAACGGCAUCGGGACCAUGGAGCUCGAUGAGGGGAUCUCCCUGAAUGCCAUGAGGAGCUUCGUGCAAAGCAUGAGUGCGGAUGGGUCAAGACACCUUACGAUGGACGACGUUGCAGACAUGGAGCGAAUCAAAGCAGAGAAUGAGGAAGCUGCAGGCAAGGAUGAAGAUAGUACGGCUGAAGACGGGCAGGAGGAUUUCAGUAGCAGCAGUGAGAAGGAAGACGACGACGACGAGUUGGAGCGUGCUGUCGAUGCAGAGGAGCGUCAUUUAGUUGGUGAGGACGCAGGGGAUGCAGGGGAUUCCGAGGAUGAGGACGAAGAGGAAUCCUCGGAUGAUGAAGAUACGCCCAGAACGAGCUUUCAGGCCAGACUGAAGAAAGUGCGCGACAGAGCGUACAAGCGCAAGGCUGACGCCGAAGAUGGAGACUCUAGCGAUGAGGCCAUGUCAGUGCAGAUGACUAGGCGAGACGAGGAUGAUGCCUUCUUCGCCGAGAUCGAGGAAUUGCUUGAUCAGAACGAUGCAAUCUUGACGGGCAAAGACCGGAAAGCACGUUCGGACCUAUUCCGUGCUGUCGCCAAUGGUGACUUUGAGAGCGAGGACGAAUUCGAAAGUAUGAUGAGGCCUGCUGCCCGCAAGAAAGAUAAGCAUCUUCCCAGUGAGCUGCAAGCACAAUGGGACAAUGAUCGUGCCAAGAAGGCAGAAAAUAAACGGAAGAGGGCAGAAGCCAGGUUGGCAGCCGCGGCUGAUCCUCUAGCAGUGCACAAAGGUGGCAAGAAGGGCCUCAAAGCGAUGCUUGCUGCCGCGAGGCUGGACGCUUCCAUCGAGGUACCCAAUCGAAUCACCGACCUCGCCUCGUUGGAGCAGCAGAUACGACGAUUCAUCGCGGAUAUUGGGGGAAAGCCGACAAUGGCGCUGCCACCGGCCGACAAGGAGACGCGGAAGAAGAUACACGAGCUCGCAGGCGCGUUCAACUUGAACAGCAAGAGCAAAGGAACGGGCAGCAUGAGGUAUACUACGCUCACAAAGACCACGCGCAGCGGUAUCCGUACCAAUGAGCGGAAAGUGAACGCUAUCCUGAAGAGAAGCGCGGGAACAUGGGGCGCGCCUGGCAAAGGAAAGGGUCAGAAUAUCUCCCUCGCGAAGCAUCGUGAGGGAGAAGAGGUUGGCAAGGCUGCACCGAAGAUUGGGGAGUCGAACAUCGGGUUCAAGAUGUUGGCGGCGAUGGGCUGGGCGGAAGGAGACCGAAUUGGAUUAUCAGGCGGCCUGGAGGCGCCUUUGACUGCAAUCAUGAAGAAGACUAAGCUCGGUCUCGGGGCGACCCUUGUAGAGAAGUAA